GCCCACACGAACCACCUCUUGUGUUUAAAAAACACUAAAACAGCAUUGCUGAAUUUGCUUUAGAUAUAUCCUUUCCCUGCUGUCAUUCUCCAAACGUUAACUCAAUAUAAAAGGUGGCUAAAACGACAUAAAAAAAAAAAAAAAGGAGAAAGAAACCCAUCAAAUGGGAGCCUAUAGAGCUGACGAUGAUUACGAUUACUUGUUUAAGGUGGUAUUGAUCGGUGAUUCAGGCGUUGGCAAAUCCAAUCUCUUGUCUCGUUUUACAAGAAAUGAAUUCAGUCUCGAAUCCAAAUCCACCAUUGGCGUCGAGUUUGCUACUCGCAGCAUUCGCGUUGAUGAUAAAAUCGUUAAGGCCCAGAUUUGGGACACUGCUGGCCAAGAAAGAUACCGUGCUAUAACAAGUGCAUACUAUCGAGGAGCUGUUGGAGCCUUACUAGUCUAUGAUGUAACCCGCCAUGUUACAUUCGAGAAUGUGGAGAGAUGGCUAAAGGAGCUUCGCGAUCACACAGAUGCUAACAAUGUGAUCAUGCUUGUAGGAAAUAAAGCAGACCUGCGUCACCUCCGAGCAGUUGCCACUGAGGAUGCCAAGGGUUUUGCUGAAAGAGAGAGUACAUUUUUCAUGGAGACUUCUGCUCUCGAGUCAAUGAAUGUUGAAAAUGCUUUCACAGAAGUGCUGGCCCAGAUCUACCGUGUUGUAAGCAGGAAGGCUCUUGACGUUGGAGAUGACUCAACAUACCUGCCCAAAGGACAGACGAUUAAUGUCGGAAGCAGAGAUGAUGUCUCGGCUGUGAAAAAGGCUGGAUGUUGCUCGUCAUGAGUAUUGGAAAGUUUCGAAUUGUUUCUCUUCCGAGAUUUUAUUAGCUUAAUCAUGAAGAGAGAGCCUUAAGAUUGUCGUCUUUGGGACUCCAUUCAGGUUUAUCUGACCAUACGACAAUAUGCUAAGUUGACAAAAAAAACAUUCAACAGUCUAAAUGUCACUAUUUUUUAAGAGCUAGAGAUGAAUUUGGAGCCUAUUUUGAAUCCUAAAAAUGUUAUGGUUCUUUAUUUGUUGUUCUUUCUCCAGACAAAGUAUUUGCUUGCCUCCACCCUCCCUCCAUGUGAUAGCAGCAGCCUAGUGCAGCAGUUUUAUGUAAAGUUGGUUGUCUAGAUCAUAAACGUGUAAAGACCGGCUCUGACGGAGCAUGUAAUAUUGAAAGCUCAAGGCUAAAAAAUUAUUUUAUUGGUAAUAUUAUUUUUCAACUUAUUCAUGUAACGCAUCUAAUUAAAUUAUAGAAGUGCUAAGAACCAUAUCGUAUUUAAAUCAAUGAGAUGUUAUAAUUAUAAGCUUGCUCUAUUUUUUAAGAAGUUUAUUGUAGGUGGACUCCUUCAUGCAUCUAUCAAGUUAUCCCUGAAUUCUAAUGAAGAUCGCUGAAAUGAGA